UCUCUCUCUGGCUGUCUCACUGUGAGCGCAGUGGGCUGUGGUGUGAGGUGGAAGGUGGGCGUUGCAGCAGCGGCAGGCAGACAAACAGCGACGACGACAUUUGGCAGCAGUGUCAGUCGCAAAAGGUAAAGCAAAGCAGACAGUAAGAAACGGCAACGAAGCUCGCACAAAGCGUAAUAAAAGAAAAGAGAAAAUUUGCAUAGAAAUUGCAAUUGCAAGAGACGUUGGAGAAAGCGAGAUAAAAUCAAAUGGAAUACAAGGCAGUGCCCACUGUAGUGGCCCGCAAGCCGUUCGAUGCCGUCGCCGAUAGUCAGGAACUGCGCGGUGCAAUGCGUGGCUUGGGUACCGAUGAGCAGCAAAUUAUCGAUAUACUCAGCACACGCAGCAACGCGCAGCGUCAAUCGAUAAGCGCCGCUUAUGCCGCCGAAUUCGAACGUGAUCUUAUCGAUGAUCUAAAGGAUGAAUUAGGCGGUAAAUUUGAGGAUGUUAUUGUAGCUUUAAUGCGUCCGCCAGUGGAAUAUCUGUGUCAGCAGCUGCACGAGGCAAUGGCUGGAAUGGGUACCGAGGAGUCUACACUGGUCGAAAUACUGUGCACCAAAACGAACGAGGAGAUGCGCGAAAUUGUUGUCGCCUAUGAGGAUAAAUAUGAACGCCCUCUGGCGGAGCAAAUGUGCAGCGAAACAUCGGGUUUCUUUCGUCGUCUGCUCACGCUGAUUGUGACUGGAGUGCGUGACGAUCUGACAACACCGGUGGAUGCCGUUCAGGCCAAGGAUCAGGCAGCACAGUUGUAUGCCGCUGGCGAGGCCAAACUCGGCACCGAUGAGGAGGUCUUCAAUCGGAUAAUGGCUCAUGCCAGUUUUCCGCAGUUGCGUCUGGUUUUCGAGGAGUACAAGGAACUAUCCGGCCAAACUAUCGAGCAGGCCAUCAAGCACGAAAUGUCCGAUGAGCUGCACGAGGCCAUGAUGGCCAUAGUGGAAUGCGUGCAAUCUCCGGCGGCUUUCUUCGCCAAUCGGUUGUAUAAGGCUAUGGACGGAGCUGGUACCGAUGAUGCGACCCUUAUACGGAUCAUUGUCUGUCGAUCGGAGAUUGAUCUGGAGACGAUUAAACAGGAGUUUGAGCGCAUCUAUAAUCGCACGCUGCACAGCGCCAUUGAGGACUCGGAGACUUCUGGCGAUUACAAACGGGCUUUGACGGCUUUACUACGCGGCGCCUAAACGUGGUUAAAAUCA